CUCAACCAAUCAAAGAUCCAGAAGCUAUAGUCUCUGCCGGCAAUAGGUUCAAACUGGGAUUUUUCAGCCCAGUUAAUUCAACAUAUCGAUAUGUAGGAAUAUGGUAUAGUAAUUUAUCAGUAGCAACUCCAGUACUAUGGGUGGCCAACAGAAACAACCCAAUCAACGAUUCUUCUGGGAUGCUGACAAUAUCUGAAGAUGGAAAUCUUGUGGUUUUGAAUGGUCAGGGAGAGGUUCUGUGGUCAUCAAAUGUUUCAAUUGGGUUCAAUCAGUCAACUGCGCAGCUUACUGAUGAUGGAAACCUUGUCUUGAAAGCUGGACCGAAUGGAAACCAUGUAUGGCAAAGUUUCCAGCAGCCUACGGAUACCUACUUACCAAAGAUGAGAUUUAGUGCUAACGCAAGAACUGGGAACAAGACACUGCUAAUGUCAUGGAGAAGCUCAUCUGAUCCUUCUGUUGGAAACUUCUCUGCUGGUAUCAAUCCAUUAGGAAUUCCUGAGCUCUUCAUGUGGUACAAUGGUCAUCCAUUUUGGCGUAGUGGUCCAUGGUGUGGUCAGAAUUUUAUUGGAAUACCAGGAAUGUAUACUUCUGUGUAUCUAAGGGGAUUUACUCUGCAAGAUGACGGAGAUGGCACUUUCACUCUGAGUUCAAUUCAAGACCCAGCUUACCGUUUAACCCAUGUUUUGACUUCUCAUGGAAAAUUUAGAGAACAAUACUGGGAUUAUGGGAAGCAAGUUUGGGAGUGUAACUUGGAAGUUCCAUCAAUUGAGUGUGAUAUUUAUGGCAAGUGCGGGCCAUUUGGAAGCUGCGAUGCACAGAAUUCACCUAUCUGCACAUGUUUAAAAGGGUUUGUUCCAAAAAAACAAGAUGAAUGGAAGAAAGGAAUUUGGACUAGCGGUUGUGUUAGGAUGACAUCGUUGCGGUGUGAUAGAAUACAGAAUGGUAGUGAAGUGGGAAAACAAGAUGGCUUUAUGAAGCUAGAGAUGAUGAAGGUGCCAACCUUUGCCGAUUACAGGCCAUAUCUGUACUCCGUUCAAGAAUGCAAAGAUGAGUGCUUGAAGAAUUGUUCCUGUGUCGCUUAUUCAUAUUAUAAAGAUUUUGGGUGUAUGGCAUGGACAGGAAACUUGAUUGAUAUACAAAAGUUCUCUGAAGGAGGGACAGAUCUCAACAUUCGCCUGGCGUAUACAGAACUUGGAGAUACCAUAACUACUUCUCAACCCAUCAAAGAUCCAGAAGCGAUAGAGUCUGCCGGAAAAAAGUUCCAACUGGGAUUUUUCAGCCCAGUUAAUUCAACAUAUCGAUAUGUCGGAAUAUGGUAUAGUACUGUAUCAGAAGCAACUCCAACUCCAGUACUAUGGGUGGCCAACAGAAACAACCCAAUCAACGAUUCUUCAGGGAUGAUGACUAUAUCCGAAGAUGGAAAUCUUGUGGUUUUGAAUGGUCAGGGAGAGUUUCUGUGGUCAUCAAAUGUCUCAAUUGGGUUCAAUCAGUCAACUGCACAGCUUACUGAUGAUGGAAACCUAAUCUUGAAAGCGGGACCGAACGGAAACCUUGUAUGGCAAAGUUUCCAGCAGCCUACGGAUACUUACUUAUCAAAGAUGAGACUUAGUGCUAACGCAAGAACAGGGAAAAAGACGCUACUAAUGUCAUGGAGAAGCUCAUCUGAUCCUUCAGUUGGAAACUUCUCUGCUGGUCUCAAUUCAUUAGGAGUUCCUGAGUUCUUCAUCUGGUACAAUGGUCAUCCAUUUUGGCGUAGUGGUCCAUGGGGUGGUCAGAAUUUUAUUGGAAUACCAGAAAUGUAUAAUUCUGUGUAUUUAGAUGGAUUUAGUCUACAAUAUGAGGGAGAUGGAACUUUCACUCUAAGUUCAAUUCUAGACCAAGCUAUCCGUUUAACGUAUGUUUUGACUUCUCAUGGAAAAUUUAGAGAGCACUACUGGGAUUAUGGGAAGGGAGUUUGGGAGUAUAAAUGGGAAGUUCCAUCCACUGAGUGUGAUAUUUAUGGUAAGUGCGGGCCAUUUGGAAGCUGCGAUGCACAGAAUUCUCCCAUCUGCACAUGUUUAAAAGGGUUUGUUGCAAAAAAUCAAGAUGAAUGGAACAAAGGAAUUUGGACUAGCGGUUGUGUUAGGAAGGCACCGUUGCAGUGUGAUAGAAUACAGAAUGGUAGCGAAACGGUAAAAGAAGAUGUGUUUAAGAAGCUAGUGAGGAUGAAGGUGCCAACCUUUGCCGAGUACUGGUCAUAUCCGUCCUCCGAACAAGAAUGCAAAGAUGAGUGCUUGAGGAAUUGUUCUUGUGUCGCUUAUUCAUAUUAUAAUGGUUUUGGCUGUAUGUUAUGGACAGGAAACUUGAUUGAUAUACAAAAGUUCUCUGAAGGAGGGACAGAUCUCAACAUUCGCCUGGCGUAUACAGAACUUGAUACCAUGAAAAACAUGGAAAUAAUCAUCAGUAUGUCAGUGAUUGGAGGAGCCAUAGCUAUCUGCAUCUGUGUUUUUUUUUCUUGGAAGUGGAUGGCUACACAUAGAGAAAGGAAUUUGAUAAGUGAGGAGACCUUAUCUUCAGAAGCUCAAGAAACAGUUUUUGAUGGAAACUUGCCCGAAAACAUCAGGGAAGUUAAACUUGAACCACUCUUCAAAUUACAAAUUCUUGAAACUGCUACAAACAACUUUGACAUAUCCAAGAAGCUUGGGCAGGGCGGCUUUGGUGCCGUAUACAGGGGAAAAUUGCCAGAUGGACAGGAAAUAGCUGUGAAAAGACUUUCUAGAACAUCUGGUCAAGGGCUCGAAGAGUUUAUGAAUGAAGUCGCGGUGAUUUCUAAACUCCAACACAGGAAUCUUGUGAGACUUCUUGGUUGCUGUGUUGAAGGAGAAGAGAUGAUGUUGGUUUAUGAGUACAUGCCGAAUAAAAGCUUGGAUGUAUUUCUCUUUGGUUAGGGCUACAGCUCUGUUU